AAGGCGCCGUGUGCGCGCGCAUGCGCGGAAGAGCAAGCUGAGCCUAUGUUUUGCCCUCAGCCAUGGUCGUGUCCUCUGUCUCCCGCUUUGCGUCCCGAUACCGCCCGACGCCUCUAGCGACCUUGCCGCCUCAGCUGGACCCCAACGAAUACCAAUGGAGCCCCGAGAAACGCCGUGCGGAAGCCGAGCGCGUCGCCCUCCGCUCCCGCCUCAAGCGCGACUUCUUCCUGCGGCUUAAUGACCCUCGACGGACGGAGCUCCUCGAAGAUACUGCUGUACUUCGUUGGGAUUAUGCCAGAAGGCAAAACGUGUAUUCUAGUCACCGUUUUACUCCUAAAAGCUCCCUAUUGAGUCUUCUUUGGGGAGCAGGGCCCUUUGUUUUCUGGUAUUAUGUCUUGAAAUCCAGUAGGGCUUAUAAAGAAAGACUCAAAUCAGAAGGCAGAUACGACGAAGGAUUCCGUACUAGCUGUUAAGUCUAUGAGUAAAACUGUAUGAAAAUCUUGCUGGAGAAACUAUUUCUCUGUAAGUCUACUUUCAAAAUAAAACUUACUAAAUAAA